CUGCAAAUUUUCAUUAUUCAAUAUAUGAACAGGGGGGCGACGACCGUGGAAGUCCCUAUUUACAGCAAAAUGUGAAAAUCAUCGCGUGCACGAGACCAUUCUCUCCCACGACCAGCCACAAACAUGGUCGACGUUUACGGUCGUCUAAACUACGAUGAGGACGGUGGUUACAGCCCCGACCCCCCGCCGGCGCAAGUGUACCAGGGGCUGAAUCUUGCGUUGGAUGAAGAUGAGCCGCCGACGCAGCAGCGGGGGCUGUUCGACGUGCCCCCGCAACAGGCGCGGUUUUCUUUGCAGCAGCAGGAAUUUCAAUUUGCCGCCGGAGGUGGUGGACCACCGGGCGGAGCAGGACCUGGUGGCGUGAUGCCCGGCACCGCCCAGUCUGCGGGGGAACUGCUCCUGAACCAGGUGGAAACACUCGGAAGCAACAACGCAGGGAGAGAUGACAACAAUGUCAAUGUGGCCGGCGUCGGACCUGCUCCGGGUGUAAAUGCAAAUGCAAAUCCGAACAGCCAAUACAGCGAACGAAUCGUGGACUCCUUCAUUCAAGAGGGUAAAUUUGUCUCGGAGCGGGUGCUGGAGGAGAAAUUUGUCGUGGGGGUGAAAACCUUCAAAAUCAUCGAGAAAGUGGUCGAGGUUCCGCAAGUAGUGGUAAAGGAGGUCACGAAGGUGGUGCGGAAGCCGGAAAUUGUGGAGCGGGUGAUUCUAUCUCUGGUGCAGCAGAAGUAUCGUACUGUGUAUAAUUUGUCUGAAUUUUUGCAUGACAGGACUUGCUUGCUGCGUAGGUGGCUACCGUUUUAAGUUUAUAAACGAAUGGGACGCCCUGCCCUUAGCCUUCCAACAUGACAGGACUUGCUUGCUAUCCCACUUCAAUGCGCAUGACAAAGUCCAUUUUCAUGUUUCCUUUUGAAUUUGAAAAUGUUUCAUGCACUUUCCGACACUACUACAGUACAACAGUGCGAUGCUUUUGCAAUGCAUAGGUUGAAAAACCGAAGAUCAAGAUCGAGGAAGUGGUAAAAGAGAUUCCGAUCGUGAAAACGGUGGAAAAAACUGUGGAAGUGCCGGAGGUACAGCUUAAAUACAGAUGUAGAUCUUUUAUUUUCUGGUUGUAUAGCGCGAUACGCACGGGAUUUGCAUUUGUCAUGCAUUGAAAGGUGCCAUGAGAUGACGAAGGAGAGUGCAGCUGAAUCGUGAAACAACUACCACCGAAAACGCAAACCUUCACCCAGGUUAUCUACGAGGAAAAGCUGACCUACGUUCCAAAGAUCGUGUAUGAGGACCGGAUUAUUGAGAUCCCCAAGGUAGAAUACAAGGAGAACGUGAUCUACACGGAAGAAGUGGAAUACCGUGAGUACGUAGUCGACAAGGUCGAGGAAGACAUCAAGUAUGAAACCCGCACCAACAAGCGCUACGUCGAGAAGCCCAUCGCUAUGCGGAUGGAGGUGCCGGCCACGGGAAAGCUGCCCGGGGAGGAAAACGGACCGGCCCCGAAAACGGUUUUCACCACGGAUAUCCUGUGCAAAAGUAUCGUAGUCGUAUUGCAGUCAUGCAUUGCAAAUCUUUUUCUUAAGGUAAAUCAGCAUUACAAAUUUUAUUUCUCAUGCUGAGGAAAUUUGUAAUGCAUUUGUACGACAACAGCGAUACUUUUGCAGUUCAUAGCGGAAACGCAGGCGCAAGCGCGCGACGUGGAAGUGCAGAAAGUCACUUUCGACGAAUUUCCAGUCAGGAAAGAGGUAGGAUCAUGCAGCUGUAACUGACUCCGCUACUGCUUUGUUGAUGAUAAAGCCUGAAGCUUUAGAGUUUGUCAUGCUCGAACAGAAAUUUAAGAAAAAACACGCCGAAACCUUUCAAGGUUCCCGUCCCGCUCUACCGCAUGGUUUUUCCCGACGGGUCGAAGAAAUAUCCAGGAAAAAACACCCGCUCACAUCCAAUUUGUCAUGCGAAACACGUAUCAAGUCCUGUGCUUGCCAUGCAAAAAAUGGAUGGGGAUCAUGGGUUUUUUUCUGUGGAUAAGAAAGUCGCCACUUCGAUUUUCGGCUACCCCGAUCUCCCGAAACCGAAAUCGCUGAUCGAGUCGGAAUUCGGCAUUCCCUUCGACGAGCAGAACGGAAAGACGCCGAACCCGAACAAUUUAGGACCGAACGCAAACCUGGUGAACACCACGAAACCGCCGCCCUCGACUUCGCAACUGUACCGCGGCAUGGUGGUGGAACAGCAGCAGCAGCAGCAGGUACAAAUGCCAGGGUCGUUUACUAUGAAUAACGGAAACGGAAUGAACUCGGUUCCCAUCUACAACCACAUGGCCCCGAGUGGGUAUCUAUGCAUUGCAAAAGCAUUGUACUGCUAGUAUAGAUUGCAUUACAAGUUUUCUCAAAGGGAAAUCUUAAUCUUGAAUUUGUAAUGCUGUAGUUGUACCUAAAGCCUCCUCUCCAGAUUGUCAUGCAUAAUUGCAAUUACUACGAGUACGAUACUUUUGCACUGGAUAGCAUCGGCCGGUGGAUGCCAGCGACAAUGUGUUGUCUUCCAUCCACGGGCAACAGGCGUCGAUGUAUGUAAACACCGGCGCGGCCGUGUCCAGGUUCGACCAAAAUUCCGUCCACCCGAGACUGCGGGCGGCGGCGUGAGGAGGAGAGUGGUGGUGGAAUGGAUAUUUGGCUUUUGAUUUAUCUCAAUUUCUACGUCGCUGUAAAUUCAGAUUGUCAACACUGUUUCAGUUUCUUUUUCGUUGUGGAUCUAGAUGUAGAUCCUAUUUCUAGUAGAAAGAGGGGUGUGCAUGAUCUACUUCAUCAUGAUGGUCGUGCUUGUUCAUCGUCACGUGAAUACUUUGCCAGCUUGAACGAGGUGUUUGCACUUUGAAAAAUAGCCUCAACAUUUUUUCCAGCAAGAAGAGACAGAGAACGACAUAGGCUGCAUAGCGAAUGCGAAUGGUUAGUAUGUACAGGACUACAGGUUGUAAUCUUCGUACAGAUUUAUUCAUCCCAGAAGACAAACAGCAGGUGGGCAUUUCGAUCACUACAACUUUAGAAUUAGAACACAAUUUAAGCAGCUUUCGUUGUAAUAUCUAUGUAUGCUAUGCAAUAAAGAAGCUUUGUGUCCUCGAGUGCUUACCGGAGAAGUCCUCGAGAUGAUGAAGCUCUUGUUUUUUUCCAAGACAACAUCUGUUCUUUUUUUGCCAGCUGCUGUUAUGAGCCUUGCCAGAGAACAUUCGUGAUGUUUGUUUCCAAGGGGAAAAGAAAAGUCCAGUGAGGAUUACUCGCACAACAAAGUACGAAGAUGUACUAAGUAGUAGUAAAAGCGCCCUGUCGUCGUGUCUGUGUGGUGUCUCUAGUGGGGAUGUGCUGAGCGAAGUAGAGUUUUUUCUGAUGAAUGUGCUGCGCCUUCCAACUUUGUUUCUGUGGUGGUCUCCGGCUGCGGAUGGUCAUCUACGGCAUUUUUUUUUCCGUUUCACUUUACUUCGUCGUAGAAAACGAAAAGGCAACAUUAAGCCCACGAGGACUAGUUGUGCUUCAAUUUCCAGUAACAAACUAUCGCUCUUCCUUUUAGUUUUGGCACGUCCAAGUUCUAGGGAUAGUCACCGACAUUGACGUACGUGUUUUCUUUGCGACGUAUCGCCACCGAGACAGCUGAGCAAUAGUCUGACUGUAGUUGUACGAAAAAUCACGGCAUUUUGUUUUUGCAAGACUGCAAGCGUUGCUCUUGCUGCAAUAUCAGC